UCAGCUCCUGCACACUGCUUUGUAUGGCUCUGCAUAGCACAGCCAUACAAAGCAGUGUGCUUACAGUUAAAAGCACACACAACACAGCACACAGUUAACCCUUUGAUUGCCCCACAUGUUAACCCUUUCCUGCCCAGUGACAUUAGUACAGUGUCAAUGCUUUUUAUUAGCACUGAUCACUGUAUUGGUGUCACUGGGGAUGUCAGUGACACCAAGUCAGUUCCCCCCAGUGUCAGAAUGCCCGCCGCAGUCCCGUUAAAAGUCGCUGACCAUUACUAGUAAAAAAAAAGUCAGUAUAUAUACCGCCAUUUGUAAACACUAUAACUUUCACGUAAACCAAUUAAUUUA